UUUGUUUAGCCGAUUGUGAAAUUAUGAAAAUAGACACAGUUUUGUUGUAAUCCUAUAUUGAUUGACAGUUCCAAGAACAAUUUGGCGCAAACAUAUCACACUCUAAGGAAAAACAUUUUUCACCGCGAUUCAUUAGCAAACAUUUUACCAAAAUUAUCACAAAAUUGUUCCAAUUAAACCAUGAACAAUUUGUGGCGUAAGGAAAGUGAUGACAGCAAUGCAUUUUUUGUGAAUCUCUUCGAAGCGAUUGAUACCAUCGAUGCGAAAAAGUGGAAUCAAUAUUUGCAAACAUUGAAAUUAACGCACAAUGAAACAUCGACAAAGGACAAUCAACAGUCAAAUGAUCUGCUCCGUAAAGGCAAUCGACAAUUUCAAAAGAAACAAUUCUGUCAUGCAAUGGAACUGUAUACGAAGGCGUUAUGUUUCGCUGAACCGGGCACCGUCACUAUGUCAAUGGCAUUUGAAAAGCGUGCAUCGAGUUUUUUUCGCAUGAAAAUGUACAAUCGAGCAUUAAUUGAUAUUGAACUUGCCGUAGCGACAAAAUGCUCCUCUGAACUAACCGCAACAUUGGGACAAUUGAAAUCCGACUGCCGAAAACUGUUCAAACCGAAUCCAAUGGAAACACCAGAACCGUUGCCGAUUUUUAAAGCUGAUAAAAAUUUCCCAUCCAUCGUCGCCGACACAUUGGCCAUUGCAAAUAAUAAACAAUUCGGACGUCAUUUGAUCGCGAAAUGUGAUAUCGAUGUGGGACAAUUGAUUUUGAUGGAAGACAGUUUUGCAGCGAUCGCAAAAACCGAUGAACAAAUGACAUGUUACACUUGUUUACGUGAAAUGGAAAACUUCAUCGCCUGCCCAUCGUGUUGUGAUGUUGUUUUUUGUAAUGUCAAUUGUAUGAACAUGAAUUUGGUACAUAAAUUCGAUUGUAAUACAUUGUACCAUCGCUUUCAUCACAAGGCGAAAUUCACCAUUCAAACGAUUUUAAUAGCAAUAUCGGCGUUUUCAAAUAUUGACGAUUUGAUGGCAUGUGUUAACAAUAGCCGUGAAGACAACGAUGAUCUACCAGAGUCAAUUGCUGAUAUACAAUCAAAAUACCGUUUGUACUUGAAACUGCAGAAGUUGCCACUGAACGAGAGUGUUAUCUUCGACGUGUAUCGGCUAUUCAAAAGCAUUAUGUGCAUUCCAUUGAUUGAGCACCUAUUUGAUUCGGAGGGUAAACAACGAUUCUUGGCACAUUUAGUGCUGCACCACCUGGCCAUAAAUGUAACGAACGCAACGGAAAGUGAACUUACCGCUUCAAUUGGUAACAUUUUAUCACUGUUCAACCAUUCGUGUGCCCCGAACGUCUAUAAUUACUCCGUUGAAAACCGAAAAUUUGGUGUAACCGUUCGGCCGAUAAAGAAAGGACAACAGGUUUUCAUCAGCUAUCUUGGAACGGGAAACUGUCAUAAUGCAAUCGAACGCAAACAUUUACUAAAAUCGAAGUGGAAUUUUGAAUGCAAAUGCGAUUUGUGUGAACCGUGCGGCACCAUCACAGAUAGCAACAAAAUGAGAUUGGACCCAUGCUUCAAAUUUGUCAAUCGCAAUUUUAAAAAUGAUCAACCGAAUAUGUCGAUUAUGAAGAAGAAAUGCAUUCAUUUCAUCCGCAAGUACGGACACUUGCCAUUCUCCAGAGAAAUGAAAUUUAUUUCGGAUAUCUUCACGUCAUUGAUUUAGAUGUCGAACAGCAUUAGCCAGAGCUACAAGAAAGAAGAUAAAGUAAUCAAAGAAUAUUUGAUAGUACGAUAUAUGCUUUGCAACAGGUAGUGUAUCGAGAAAAUGCCAUAUUCUUGUCUAUAGUCAAUCCAUGGAUUGAAAUGAAAAUACGUUCUAUUUUCGUUUAAGUAUUUUAUUAUAAACAUUUAACUUGAUAACAAUGUUAUUGAUUCCUAUAAAUUCGUGUAUUUUCAUUUUAACACUGCAACGCAAUUAUAUUUAAAUUCAAAACGU